AGGAGGUACUGUUACGCAAUGGUGCGCAUUUGGAAAGGUGUAGCAGCAGUAGUCAGUCGCGGAUCACCCGCUGAAUCAUGUUCUGACUCCUCGGAGUUUUCCAUAACUCUUCCCUGCCAACCAAGUUCAUUUUUCUGCUUGUUAAUUGUACCUCUGCUUCGCUGACAUCUGUGGCACUAGUGCAGGAACGGCUUUCUCGAACAAAAUGGCACAUUUAGUAGGAUUUCCGAGUUGAGAGCGUCCACCAGUUAAAACUCUAAAUGCAUCAGUGUUUCGACUGAGAUGUUCUCCUGAGUUAAAGGCUACUUCUUCUUGAAGACAUAUCUGAGAGUUCCUCACCUGACAACACAAUGGCUUCAAAUAUAAUUGUGGAACAGCAGUUCUCUCACAAAUUCACAGUGACAGUUGUUCGAGCUGAGAACGUCACCAAAGGAGCGCUGGGUGACCUGUUGGAUACUCCAGAUCCGUAUGUAGAGCUGUUCAUCCGGACGGCCCCAGAGAGCAGGAAGAAGACCAAGCACAUAGACAACGACAUCAACCCAAGAUGGAAUGAGACCUUUAAUUUCAUAUUAGACCCAAACCAGCAGAAUGUCCUGGAGAUAACAUUAAUGGAUGCCAAUUAUGUGAUGGACGAGACACUCGGGACAGCAUCCUUCAACAUCACAAAGCUUAAAUUGGGCCAGAAAAAAAUGGAGACUUUCCUUAUCGGCAAAGCAACCAAAGUACACUUAGAGAUGACACUGGAGAUCUGUACAAACCUGGACCUGAGGUUCAGCCUGGCUCUCUGUGAUAAAGAGAAGCAGUUCAGGCAAACCCGAAGAGAAAGAGUGAUGCUCGGCAUUAAAAAGCUGCUAGACAUGGAGAAGCCUCGCUUCCUCCCCAGCUCCCCAGAGGAGGUGCCCGUGAUUGCCAUAGCAGGUUCAGGGGGUGGUUUCCGUGCCAUGGUCGGCUUCUCUGGGGUGAUGAAGGCCCUGUUUGAAUCUGGGGUCUUAGACUGUGCCACUUACAUUGCUGGCCUUUCUGGAUCGACAUGGUACAUGUCUACUCUGUACUCCCACCCCGACUUUCCAAAUAAAGGACCAAAGGACAUCAACAAGGAGCUGAUGAUAAGAGUUAGCAGCAACCCACUGAGGCUUUUGCUGCCUCAGCACAUCACCAACUACAUCCAGGCUCUGUGGACCAAGAAGGCCUCAGGCCAGCCUGUUACCUUUACUGAUAUCUUCGGUAUGCUCAUAGGAGAGACGCUAAUACCUGCGAGGAUGGAUACCAAGCUAAGUGAGAUCCAGGAGAAGAUAAACCAGUCCCAGAGUCCUCUUCCUCUCUUCACAUGUCUGCAUGUCAAGCCAGAUGUCUCUGAGCUUAUGUUUGCGGACUGGGUAGAGUUCAGCCCGUAUGAAAUUGGGAUGGCAAAGUACGGCACUUUUAUGACGCCUGACUUGUUUGGAAGCAAGUUCUUCAUGGGAACCGUUGUGAAGAAAUAUAAAGAAAACCCUCUUCAUUUUCUGAUGGGCGUGUGGGGAAGUGCCUUCUCGAUCCUGUUUAACAGAGUGCUGGGAGUCAAGGACACAGCUGGUGGCAGCACCAUGGAGGAGGAGUUAGAGCAGAUCAAGCCCCAGCAUAUCGUUGGAGAAGACUGUCUGGACGAUGAUGAGCCACGCAAAGGUGGGACAGAAAACCAGGAGGCAGAGGAGGAGUUUCAUCGUACUGCUCAAGCCAGCUGGGUUCAACGAAUGUUCACCUCACUCUUCAGUGACUCUGCCUUGUUCAAUACAAGAGAGGGUCGGGCUGGGAAGGUGCAUAACUUCAUGCUGGGCCUGAACCUGAACACCAAUAUUCCAUUCUCUCCAGUAAAUGAGGUCUCAUACCAUGCCACACCUGAAGACGAAGUGGAUGCUGUCACAGAUCCAGAUGAAUUUGAUCGUAUUUAUGAGCCUUUGGACGUGAAGAGUAAGAAGAUCCAUGUUGUGGACAGUGGCCUGACCUACAACCUUCCUUACCCUCUCAUCCUGCGGCCACAGCGUGGUGUAGACCUAAUCAUCUCCUUUGACUUUUCUGCUCGACCAAGUGACUCCAGCCCUCCAUUCAAGGAGCUACUGUUAGCAGAAAAGUGGGCCAGAAUGAACAAGCUUCCAUUCCCCAAGAUCGACCCCAAGGUCUUUGACCGUGAGGGUCUGAAAGAAUGCUACGUCUUCAAACCAAGAAAAGGUGAAAAGAACUGCCCGACUGUGAUUCACUUUGUCCUGGUCAACAUCAACUUUAGGCAAUUCAAAGCACCUGGAGUUCCCAGGGAAACUGAGAUGGAUAAGGAAUUGGCAGAUUUUGACAUCUUUGAUGACCCUGAGUCACCAUUCUCCACUUUCAACUUCCAGUACUCCAACAAGGCAUUCACCCAACUUCAUGACCUCAUGGAGUUCAACACUCUCAACAACCUUGAGGUCAUUAAAGAAGCCAUCAAGGACUGCAUCGUGUCACGGAAGGAGAAUCCCUCGAGCCUCUCCCGUCCCUUCUCCCUCAGCGAGAUCCCGAAAAAGUCUCUUAAAAGAGAUUCUCACUCAAAACCCUUGAAUAAUCUGGAAAAGGACCAACAGUAGCCUGAAACUCAGACUUUGGACAAGCAGACGUUUUGUUGAUGGAGCUUAAAAGUUAAGCAUUUUAUUUUCCAAGAUGCUCAUCUUCUGAUUGCUGUAUACUUUUAAUUAUGCUGGUUCAUGUCUAAUAGAGGUAUUUUGUAAAGAAAUUUAACUGAUCAAAGGUUUGGGGUUACAUUUACAUUAAAAACAGCUUAUUGACCCGAAACAGCUGAUAGUCACCUCACCUAUGGGUGAGAAAACAGGAUGUUGAUGAUUUACACUCCAGUACAACUGGAUUAUUAUCUCUACCAUCAGACAGCACAAUGAGUCCUUUCUACUGCUCUUUCUCUUCCAAGAAUCCCAAACCAUGACAUAUAAGUUAUUUGCAUUUGAAAGAUAUGUCCUCUUCAAACCCAUGUACUUAUUCAUUUAGUUUUAUUGCAUCACAUGAAUUUUCUUUUUCAGUUCCAACAUUCCCAAUUGAUGUUGAUGCUCUUGACUGUAGUUCACUUUCCCUAGAGUCAAGCCAUACUUGCAUUUUCCAUGACUUUGUGUGCAGCCGUGUUGUUUGUAAAUUUGCUUCACUGAAUUCACUGUUAGACGCUUCAACUGUGCUCUACCUGUAAGUAAGCUGAACAUUCAAACUACAGAGCAUGCAAAUAAACAGAGACGAGGAGCUCAUAAUUUUUGGGUAUGUUUGAUGGCAACUCCUAAGCACGCCAAAAGCACCCCCUCUGGAUGCCUAAAACAUCUGAAUGAUGUUUACCAGCUUACAGGGAGGGAAAACGGAGUGCUAUUCCAAGAGGAGUGUCUCAUUAAAUCUACCAUUUUGGAAAAAUAGAAGUUGAUGCUAUGGAAACAGCCUUGCUUCUUCUGUUUCUUUAUCUCUCUUUGCACGAAGACAACAUUACAUUUAUUUUUCUAUCUAUAUUUUUUCAGGGUGCGUUUCAGACAGAGAAAGUUUAAUUUUCCAAUUUUCCAUGGCUAAUUCUUUACCCAGCAAAUACAAUUUCACUGUCAGACCUUUUGAUCAUUAAGUAGAUUGAAGGCCAGGCUGAGUAACAUGUGUUCACAAGACCUGACAUCGUGACUCUCAGCAACACUGUGGAAUUUUUUACUACACCUACACUUGCAGCAGUAAAAUCCUGGAAUCUGACACACUAGUCCUCUACCUGCAGAGGCCUGAAAGCUGCACACAGAGCUGUGGAAUUUUACACUGAAGCACUUCCGAGCACUGUAUGCUCAUGUUUCAAGCCAGUUUGUCUUUGUUGUGUAUGUGUAUACUGGUGUUGUUAUAUGUUUUGCAGCACUCACUUAUGUGUGCUUUAAAGGUUUCAAUUUGACAUUUUGGGUAAAAUCAUUCCUUGAUUUUGAAAUGUAGAUUUGCAUAAGGAGUUCAAGCGCUUUCUUAUGUCUGUACAUUACAUUCAUGUGAGUUACCAACAAAAACAAAAAUUACAAUGUAAAAAAUAUCAAAUUUUGCCUGAAGUUUUAAUUAUGUGAUGAGCAUAAAAGACAGUUUUCUUUACUCCUUUUUGUUAUCUUUACAGAGUACUGAGGGAAAUUCCUGAUUCUUCUAGCCAAAAUGCUUGUGUAAAAGAGAAUUUAUUAUCAAAAGACCUGUUUUCCUGUUAGAGAUGUAAUACAAAGAAAUUUAGACUAUUAAUGUCACUCAGUGUUCCACUGUGUUCAGCAAUUUUCACUUCAUCUGCCUGCUGUGUUGUGUUCUUUUUUUCUUUUGAACAUCUGUCUGGGGUGGGUGGUAUCUAGUGCACUAGAGCCAUUAGAGUGAAACAGAAUGGUUGGUUUCACUGCGCAAAAUGAAACUUAAGGAAAAGCUGGGAAAAAAAUCCAGAGAGAACUGCAGAAUUUGAGAUAAUUCUCAGUAGUUUAAUCACAACAACUUUUCUAACUGUCAUCUUGUUUACACACUGUUAACAGACAGUAGUCACCGCUGGCUACAGCGCAGCUAUGCAGCAGAGGGAUGUUUUAAUAUUUGUGUUUUUAGAUUCUCUUAAGAAUUAUUGGUUUUUACUUAUGGUUGUGAGGCAGGAAGGUGGGCAGUGAGAGUGCAGAUGACAGACUGGAACUCUGUCUCCAUACAAACAGGUUUUAGUGUAGGGACGUACUUUUUGUUAAGGUUAUUCUUAUGAACGUGAAUAAAUAAAUCUCUUAAUAGUCAACAGGGUUUUACUAACAACAAAACAAAUAUUGAUUAUUUGUGUCUGCUUUUCUUUUUCAUUACCAAGUCAAGAGUGGUAGCCACUUUGAUUUUUAUGUUUGAUUUUAUGAACAGUGAUCAGUGUUUACAUGUAACCAGAUAAAAAAAAGUCAGUUUUGGGGAUUUGAUGUGUGAACACAAACAUUCCUGUUAUCAUUAACUUUAUUAUAACUGGCAAAGCAUGGUGUUCUUAUUUUAUAUGUUAAAGGAAUAUAAUAAUAAAAGAGAGAAUUGUA